AUGGGGGACGACGGGAAAUCCUAUACAUCUUGCUCAUUGUCGGCAUUCCCCAGUCCGAUAUUAUGGCCCUCACCGGACCACGGUAGCUUCACUGCCCGAGCAUCGACACAGCCAUCACGUCGUCGAAGGUCUUCCAGGUCCAAUUCCAAAUCCAACCCCAGCUCCCAAAGCCUCUUUCGCCUGUUGGCAAUCUUCUCGUUCUGCUUUACGUUGUCUUCCGCAGCGCCUGCAAGAUUUGUCGGGGAGCAGUUGCUCAAGGCCCAAUCAGCCGUUUCAGAGCCGUUGGGAUCGACAUUCGAACGCCUUGCUCGUUCGGGCACAAUUCUGGUUGAUCGAAGACCAGCUCCAGUACCUGACAACAAUUGGUCUCCAGAACUCGACCAGCCCGUUGCUGAUCUCCGACCUCGUGCAGCUGCUGCCCUUGCUGAGAACCCCACAAUCACACCGACAGAGGCGCCAGCAGAACCAAACAGUGGCAUUGUUGCUGAUAAAACGCCUACCCCUGAUAGCUUUCCUCACCCUUUCGAUAUGGGGUUCAGCAAUAACAUCACUACCGAAUGCCAAACCUUCAUGGACUCUAUGUUGAGUAACAGCUCAUUCCGCGAAUGCCUUCCUUUCUCUAUGCUGCUCUCGAAUUCCAAUUCCUUUUUCCAGGCCUCCAAGUCCUUAGUCCGAAUCACUCAAAUUCUGGACUAUUCCUGCGCUGCAGAAUUCACGGAAUGCAGCGCCCUCAUGUCCUCAUUCGCAUCCAACAUUACCACGUCAGACAGCUGCGAAUCAGACCUCAAACUUCAGAAUCCUCUCAUUCAAGACGCACUCCUCGGCCUCAAAGCCUACAAGACGCUCUACACAGCCUCGUGUUCGCGUAAUCCGGAAACGUCUUCAUAUUGCUUCGCAGACUCCAUCACCAACGUCACGAACCCGACCGACUCGUACAUCUACUUCCUGCCCCUGAACACCUCGCUGGUAGGCGGCAGCCAGCCGACAUGCGAUUCCUGUUUGCAGACCACCAUGGGGAUAUUCGAGGCCUCGAGCGCCGAUCGAGACCAAGCGCUAGCCAAUACGUACGUCCCGGCGGCGAAGCAAGUCAACGUAAACUGCGGGCCGGGUUUCGUCAACGCCAGUCUAGCCGAACCCAUAACCUCCCCGGCCUUCGCCUUGAAACCGCCGCCGAGCGCGUGGGGGAGGGGCGAGCAAAGCCCUUCGAUGAUGAGGAGGAGGGGAAAAAAUCGAGACAGGAAAAGGAGAGAAGAGGCCAGGAGGAGAGCCGCUGGCCAAGUCGAGAGGUUCCUGGGGAGGAGGGGACCAGACCAGAUGAUGGAUGGAGGUGGAUGUGAACGAAAGAAAAUCCGGAUGCACGACCUGGGGUUGACAGCACAGCACAGCAUACCACGCACUACGAAGAGAGAGAGACAGAGAGAGAGCGCACUUGCCACCAGCUUUAAGCAAGACCCUCCUCAUGUACAUAAAAACACAUAUUUCUCUCCAUGA